GCAUAUCGCAAACAUGUCGGCACACCAAAGAAGACCUAGCAUGGCGGAGAACCUGACACCAGAGCAAAUCAAGGAGCUCAAGGAAGUCUUCAACGUUUUCGUAAGUCCUCCAAAGGAAGAUGGCAGUGGCACCAUCUCUGCCGAGGAGUUGAGAAAUGUCAUGAAGAGCAUUGGCGAAAACCUGUCCGACUCUGAGAUUGACGAAAUGAUCAAGGAAGCGGAUGCCAAUGGAGAUGGCAACAUUGAUUACGACGAGUUUGUCAAGAUCAUGAGCGUC